AGCCCCGCGACUGCGACUGCGCUGCGCUCUCAAGCGCUCAACUCAAGCUCGCUCAAGCUAAAAUAGAAAGAAGUACAUAGAAGUGGCAAAAAGGUGUCGAAUUUCAUUAAUAUAAUUGAAAUAAAAAUCUUGUCUAAAAUAUAAAUAACAGACAAAACCAAAAAUCACUAUAUAAUGCAGAACCCAAACGAGGAUACAGAAUGGAACGAUGUUCUUCGUUCCAAGGGAAUUAUACCUCCGAAGGAGAAGGAAGUGUCCGAAGCCGAUAUUGUGAAUAUGAUAGAAGAGACCAUUCAACAGAAACAAGCAGAAAAAGACAAAAAGCUCUCAGAGUUAGAUUUAGACGGACUUGACGAGUUAGAGGACUCUGAAGAUGAAGCGAUUUUAGAGGAAUACCGACGGAAACGCAUUGCAGAGCUCAAGAAAUUGUCAGAGAAACCUCGAUUUGGCGAAGUGAGGGAAGUGUCGGGGCAAGAUUAUGUGCAGGAAGUGAACAAGGCAGGAGAGGGGAUUUGGGUAGUUAUACACCUGUACAAACAAGGUAUCCAGCAGUGUGCCCUCGUGAACCAACACAUGCGGCAGCUUGCGGAGAAGUACCCAUAUACAAAAUUCCUUAAAGCAUUCUAUCAGACAUGCAUCCCUAACUAUCCCGAGAGGAAUCUGCCCAGUGUGUUCGUGUAUUACGAGGGUGACAUGAAGAAACAAUUUGUGGGCUCACACGAGCUCAGAGGCACUGCUCUAACUUGCGAUGAACUUGAAUACUUAUUGGGUCAAGUGGGCGCUGUGGACACAAAAAUAAAGGAGGAUCCCAGGCCGAAGAUAAAGGACAAACUGUUUACAGACCUCGGAAACAAUGAUUGGUGAUGAAGAACUUGUGUAUAGCUCCUGUACAGUCUUAAGUUUUUGGAAUUUUACAAUCACAUAUUGACAUGUAUUAUAUUUUUAUAAAAAAUAUUUGGUGAUGGAUGUCAGUUGGUCUGCUGCUAUUUAUUUUACAUUUUCCUCAUGGACCAACUGACAUGCACUGCUAGUUGUGUCCCCAUAAUUUACAAAACCUUAGAUUUGCUAAAAAAUCAUCAAGGAUUAUCAAGGCGUUGCUUGGGAAACUUUCAAAAAACCUAAUUUCUGUAAUUUUAUACAUAAAAUAAAAUAAUUAGACUUGUUCUAAAAUGUUGCUUAUGCUCCUUUCUAUUCCUUGUUUAAAUUGAACAUUUUAGUCAUUAUUCAGUUAGGUGCAGAGAAUAUUUAGAUGGAGCCUUUAAUACCUACUUCUUUGAUGAGUUCCAGUUACUCUCUCACUUUUCUGGAGAGGAGCCCGGAAUGCGUCUUAUUAUGUUGAUAAAAAAUAAAGGAAGUGACUGAUUAGAGUUUGUAAACUGCCAGUGCUGUGACUGGUUAAAA